GGCCCACUAGCAGCCAGCUGCGGCCUGCCAAGCGGACGCUUUCCAGCACGGAGCCGCCUUUCACCAUCUCCAGGCUGUAGCCGGACGAGGCCUCCUCUUCCUCGGCAGGGCAUCCUCCCCACGGGGGCUCCUGGUUAAAAUGUCCACCCUGUUUCUGCAAAGGACCUGCUGAGUAGCUGCUCUUCCGGCGAGAGUCCCUUAAGUGAUCUUAACAGCUUUUGUGCUAAGCAAGAUGCUCCGCUACUGGGGUGAGAUCCCCGUCUCGUCUAGCCAAGCCAACCGCAGCUCCUUUGAUUUGCUCCAGCGAGAGUUCCGCACCGUGGAGGUCCAGGAUCCCCUGCUGCACCAGCCCUCUGCCAACAAGCCCAAGCCCACCACCAUGCUGGACAUCCCCUCGGAGCCAUGCAGCCUCACCAUUCACACCAUCCAGCUGAUGCAGCACAACCGGCGGCUGCGCAGCCUCAUUGCCCUGGCUCAGAGUCAGGGCCAGCAGCAAGCGGAGGGCAUCAAGAUGGAAGAAAGCGAGCCUUUGCCCACCUGCCCUGGGUCCCCACCUCUCCCCGAUGACUUGCUUCCUCUCGACAGCAAAAUUCCCAACAUGCCGUUUCAGUUGCGGCACAGCGAUCCAGAAAGCGACUUUUACAGAGGCAAAGGAGAGCCAGUGACGGAGCUGAGUUGGACCUCUUGCCGCCAGCUACUCUACCAGUCCAUUGCCACCAUUUUGGCCCACGCGGGCUUCGAGUGUGCCAACGAGAGUGUCUUGGAAACCUUGACAGACAUCGCCCACGAAUACUGCCUGAAGUUCACUAAGCUCCUGCGCUUUGCUGUGGACCGAGAAGCCCGGCUUGGGCAAAGCCCUUUCCCAGAUGUCAUGGAGCAGGUCUUCCACGAAGUGGGCAUUGGCAGUGUGCUCUCUCUGCAGAAGUUCUGGCAACACCGGAUCAAGGAUUAUCAUAGCUAUAUGCUGCAGGUAAGCAAGCAACUUUCUGAAGAGUAUGAAAAGCUUGUGAACCCUGAGAAGGCAGCAGAAGACAUGAAACCUGUGAAGAUCAAAGAGGAGCCAGUCAGUGACAUCACGUUUCCCAUGAGUGAGGAGCUGGAGGGGGAUCUGGCAUCUGGGGACCAGUCUUUGCCUGUGGGAGUGCUUGGAGCUCAGAGUGAGCGCUUCUCAGCCAACCUGGAAGCAGAAGUGUCUCCGCAGACCUCAGGUGGUGAAGUGAACACUUCCCCUCUCUGGAACCUUCCGGUGAAAAUAGAGCCACAAGAGAGUGAGGAGGGCCACGUCCAUGGGCACCACGGGGUCCUGGGCAGUGACGUGUUUGAGGAGCCCAUGUCGGGCAUGAGUGAAGCUGGCAUGCCGCAGAGCCCAGACGGUUCUGAAAGCAGCUAUGCUUCCCCUUCCCCUGACAGCCUGAUGGGAUCAUCACCGGUCUUUAACCAACGCAGCAAGAAGAAGAUGAAGAAGAUGUGAAUUUUAGCCUGAAAGCGAUGGCAGCACAACUUGCUGAAUCAGAACCAGGAGCCACACAGGACUCUGAGCAGCCUCAGCCUGAACACAAUUGUGGUAUCAUUGGAUGGUUUGGCAGAAGAAGGUUGGAUGACAGAUGUGAAGAAAAGGGCAGCUGUUUUUUUUAUCGUGUCAGUACAGUAACAUUUGGUUCAUUCCAUAGUGAAUUCUAAUGGAAAUUUGUGAUCCAGCUAGUGUCUUUUAAAAACAAAACAAAAUAAAAUAAAACAAAACAAGA